AUGGACGGCAGCAACGACAAAAAGAACACGCAGAUGCACACGCACACGCACAACGACGUAGCGACUCCGCUGCCCGCAGACCCACCCUCUUAUGAGGAGACGAUGAAGCACGACAAGGACGAGACCGAGAAGACGGCACCUCCUUUGCGUGGACCCGUGUACACUCACCACCCGCACCCUAAGUCGCAGACGGGCUAUCCUGGUGCGCAGACCCUCACUUAUGGUUCCCGCUAG